AUGUGGCACUUAAGGUUAUCAAGCACGUCAUUCGACCAAAGGGUGGUUUAUGAUGGACACCCUACAUUGUUUACCAUCAAGCUACAUCAUGGAGAUGAGUUCACAAAGUUUCCAAAUGUCAGCUACAUUGAGGGUACUAUGAUGUACGUUGAUAUGGUGGAUAUAGAAGACUUUUCUAUUCACGAGAUGGAUGCGAUUAUGAAAAGGUUAGGAUACUCAGUUCCUCCAGUUAUCUACUAUUAUUUUCGAGUGCCAAAGGGAGACAUGCAUUUUGGGCUACGGGCCUUAGGAAAUGAUGAUGAUGUCCUCAAUCUUGCCCAAUAUGUAAAGGAGCAUAACUUGCUUACUUACUUUAUGGCUCCUAAACUUGUAAGAAAAGUUAUUAUUGAGCAAUUAGAGGAUAUUGAUGAACAUCACCCCCCCCCUUAA